AAAAAGAACUAGUUAACCGUCACUCAGCCACGUGUCAUAAUCAGACAACAAGAGCAUGUCCAUUGAUGUAAUUCACAUUUCAUCAUCACCGCUAUUAUUUCAUCAACACCACCAAAACAAAACAAUAAACAGAAUCACACAAGAAAGAAACAGAGCAACACAAGGAGGAGACAUGAGAUCGAGUAAUAACCUUAUAGGUCUGGUGAACUUCUUCACUUUCCUCCUCUCGAUUCCGAUCCUCGGCGGUGGAAUAUGGCUGAGCAACCGAGCUAACUCAACCGACUGCCUCAGGUUCCUCCAGUGGCCACUCAUCGUCAUCGGCAUCUCUAUCAUGGUCGUCUCUUUAGCCGGAAUGGCCGGAGCUUGUUACCAGAACAAGUUCCUCAUGUGGCUUUACCUUUUCGCCAUGUUCUUCGUCAUCGCUGCUCUCAUCGCUUUCAUCAUCUUCGCUUACGCUGUCACUGAUAAAGGCUCUGGCCGUUUCGUCAUGAACCGUCGCUAUCUUGAUUAUUAUCUCCCUGAUUACUCCGGUUGGUUGAAGGAUCGUGUCACUGAUAAUGGAUACUGGACUGGUAUCAGAUCCUGUGUUAGAGACUCUGGUGUUUGUAAGAAGAUUGCAAGAGACUUAAAUGGUGUUCCAGAAACUCCUCAGAUGUUUUACUUCAGAAAGCUCACUCCGGUUGAGUCGGGAUGUUGCAAGCCGCCAACAGAUUGUGGAUAUACGUACGUGAACGAGACAGUUUGGAUUCCAGGAGGGGGAAUGGUUGGACCGAAUCCGGACUGUAUGUUGUGGAACAAUGACCAGAGAGUACUCUGUUACCAAUGUAACUCUUGUAAAGCUGGUGUUCUUGGUAGCUUGAAAAAGAGUUGGAGAAAAGUAUCAGUGAUCAACAUUGUGGUUUUGAUCAUACUUGUCAUCUUCUAUGUCAUCGCCUAUGCGGCUUACCGGAAUCUUAAGAGGAUUGAUAAUGAAGAACCGGCCGGUGAGGCAAGGAUGACCAAAUCUCAUCCUAGUCAUUUUCACAUUUGAUGACAUCUUUAGUAAGUUUAGUAUAGUUUUUCUUCGGUGUCGUGUCUCUAUUACUAUGUUAUGGUUUAAGUUGGUGUAAUGGUUGCUUUUUUAUAAUUUUCGUGUUGUUUUCCUUGGAGAUGUUACAUUACAUAUGCAUGAUGAUGAUGAUAACUUUUGUA